CCUGAGGGAGCGGCGGCCGUGUCCAGGCAACUCCGUGUCCAGGGAAGCGGCGGGAGCGCGGCCCCUCCGAUGCUGCCCACUGCCCAUGGCUUUCAGGGAUGUGAAUGCCAGGAGACACAUUGGACUCCAACAACUCUCAGCCUUAGCAUCCACUGGGAGAACAUUCCUGGGGCCAGUGAAAUCACAUAAAUUCAUUGUGGAUGAAAUCACCAAGCAGAGCACAUUGAUUUGUUCUGCUGUUAGGCUGCUGGAAAGUUUGGAUUUGACAAGCGCUGUUGGGCAGCUUCUCAACGAGAGCAUUCAGGCCCAGAAGAAGGAGUUUAAGACGGGGAUGAGCACCCUGUUGUUCCUGGUUGGAGCGUGGAGCAGUGCUGUGGUGGAGUGCCUCCAGCAGAACGUUCCUGUUCCAGCUAUAGUGUCUGUGAUGUCUGAGGGGUUGAACUCCUGCUGUGAGAGAGUCCAGUGUCUUCAGAUACCAACACAUGAUGUGAAGAAAGAGCUGUGUUCUAGCAGAGUUAGGCCAAAGGCUUCUGAAAGCAAAACUGGCCAAGCUGGACGUGAUGCUUUUACAAAUCCUUGGGAUUUGCUGUGUUUUCAGAGAGAUAUUUCUGCAACAGAAGAAGUAAUCCCAAUAAAUUCUUGUUCCCAUCAAGGAGAUGAUUGUAAUUUUAACAAGCUCCUGGUUUCACCCUUGGCUGGCUUUGGUUCAGUGGCUUUAUUUGUCAAGGCAGCGGGUGACAGAAGUUCACCUGCGCUGUCUGGAAGUGCUGUUACUGCUUCCAGCUGUAUCACACAGAAGUUAACCCACAGCAGACACUUCAGCACUCUAGGGAAAGGCCCUUCUGCAAGUCAGCAGGGAAGUUUUCAGGGACACCUUUCAGGACCACCAGCAGAUGUGUGUGGGUGUUGUGGUUUAGGACACCUGGCAGUGGCUCUGAGCCACGGAAACCAGAGCAGCGUGAAGCUGCUACAAAGCAUUGCUGCCUAUCAGCAAGAGAGAGCAGAGGGCAGUGGCAAUUCCCAGAUUAAUAUUGCAGAGAUUGUGACGUGCUGUGUGCUGGGCCUGCCCGAGAGCUAUUCCUGUGUCUCCCCAGGCUUUGUCACCUUGGUGUCACCAGAGCAAGCCUCAGUCAUCAAACACUUUGCAGACAAACCCCUCCGCGUUCUGCUGAUGGAUGGUGACCUCACGGAGGGGUACCGACACUUAGGGUUUAACAGACCACCUAAUGUAAGGACCAUCUUGGAGCAUCCCAGUCCACAGGGAUGGGCAGGAGAUGCGUGGCUAAGCAAAACGUUGGAUAUUCUGAUGAGCUUUGAAGUAAACCUGGUUUUGGUCAAAGGAAACGUGUGCAAGAACUUGAUGGAGAGGUGCACGGCCAGCAGGAUAUUGGUAGUUGGCUGCGUGGCCCGGGAUGUGCUGCGUGCCUUCGGGGCAGCCACCGGUGCCCGGGCAGUGACGUACCUGAGCCAGCUGAACGCUGCCUCCGUCGGGAGCGGGGCCUGGGCGGAGCUGUGGAAGAGCAGCGAUGGGCGUGCGGUGGAUCUGGGCGAGCUGCUGCCGGCGCGGAUCAGCGCGGGAGGCAUCGCGCUGCUCACGGCCGUGCUCACCACUGCCCUGCCUUGCAAGGCGCAGCUCCUCGAGGACCAGUUCUGGACUUUGCUGUAUCGGCUCCAUCACGCUCUGAAGGACGGCAAGGUUUUCCCUGGGGGCGGUGCGGUGGAGCUCUUGUGCCUCAGUCACGUCCAGGCGCUGGCAGAGCAGCCCGGGCGGCCGGGAAGCGACAGAGCUGCGAGAGAGUUCCCCAGUCCCUGGCUGGCAGAGCAUAAGCCCGUUGUGCUCCAGGCACUGGCGAGCGGCUGGAGGCGGUACCUGGCCGUGCUCCUGCGGAACACUGCGAGGGCCGGCUCGGAGCUGGAAGCAGGUGCCUCCGUGGAUCGUCACCUCCAAGAAGCAGCGGCCUGUGGCUCUCCCUCAGCUUACAUUUUGGAACAGUUUAGGAGAGGGGGAGUGCUCGGGAGUGGCUCUGAACCCGACCCUGAGCAGGUCACAGGUUUAAGGGUUUGUGAUAACGUUGCAGCCAAGACGGAGGCGUGGAGGAGAGCUCUGGACCUGGUGCUGCUGGUGCUUCAGACUGAUGCCGAAAUUGUCACAGGCCCCAGAGGGCAUCAGAUCCUGAACUCACCUGUGUCAAGCGAAUUUAUGUUUUUAUAGGAUUUUGAGGAUUUGUAAGUCCGUGGGAGAAGGCUGGGUGCAACCUACAUGUCUUUUUAUAAAGCAAACAGUGAGGUGUGAUUGUGACUAGAAUGUAACAGCAGAAGUCAGAAUGAGAGACAGUCACAAAGUGAUUUCUUAUUUCUAGAAAUGAGAAUUAAAUAACAAACAAAAAACCACUUGUGGGUUUAUCUCUAACCCAGGCCAUGCAUUUCUAGCUAAUGGUAUUGCCUGUGUUGAUGUCCCCUAAUGUCUUCUGAAGAAAGGUGGAGAUCUCUUACAUUAUAUUGCUGUACUUGUGUUAAAUGAAAGAAUAUUUGUAAUUAUUUCUUAAUUAAUACCUUUUUCUUAAUUUCUGUACAUUGCAAACAUAAGAGUUAAACUUGAAAUAAUGUGAGUGUUACAUUUUAUAUGAGAGUUUGUAUUUAUAGAUUCUAUUUUUGCAUAUUUAUAUGGUCCAUACAUCACUGAUUUCCUAAUGUAGACCCUCUGGAAUUUCCCUGGUUUUGACCAAUUCAGGCUGAAUCCUUCUUUUUGGUAUUACAGACCGGAUGCAUCUCUACACAAAAUUUUCCUUUACCUUCCCAACUGGAUUUUUAGAUCAUUUCCAUGGGGUCUUUCAGCUGUCCUUGCAGAGAGGAAAAUGUUGCUGUUAGUUUUCAGUGCUGGCUAACAACUAAAUCUCUCCCGGUGACUGAGGCAGGGCAUUUUUGCUGUGUUACAGCACUGACAGUUUGAAAGCUGGGCAUGGAGAGCUGGCACUUCGUUGCAACAGAGAGGUGUGUAACUAUGGAGAUAUUUUUUUUCUGAACUUGGCAUUCUGAGUCACACUGAAAGUGAAAUGUCUCACCAGUCUGGUGAAAAUAGAAUGGAAAACGAAUGGAAAUGGUGAUGCUAAAGAGAAUCCUUGCAUUCAAGAGCUUUCUCAUGAAAAUGCUCAUGGCUGGCAGCACAGAUAAUAAAAUUCAUCCACAAAUAAGGUUUAGAUGCUUAUUGGGAGUAUCUGUAGUAAAGUCAUGUUACGUCUUUGACCUGAAACUAAAUAUUCUGGUUUUCUGUCAGAUCCCAGAAUUUGGUGGAUUUUGGCAAAAUACUGUAGGAGCUUACAAUUUUAAGUUGGAACAGUAGUUCCUAGUAGCAUAAGGAUCUCGUUAGAGUACAGUUUUGAUCAUCCUGCAAUUUUUAUUUUCAUUAUUAGAAAGUUGGCAAUUUAUUGUGUAGCUUCUGGGCCACAUUCUUGAUGUACCAAGCUGUGAGAAAGAGUCUGGUAGAUCAAAAGAGACAAAAGGAGCUGGGGCUGUUAAGUGAGAAUGAAAUGGAAGCACAGCACAUAAAUAAAUAUAAACAGACUCUGCUGCUCUGCAAGUGUUUGCAGCUCAUGUUGGGCUUUACACUGUUUUUCUCGAGCCUCCUGUACUGUGCAUUGCAUAACCCCUGUUCCCAGGGAAAGCUCCACUUGGACUUUAUUUGAAUAAUAGAGUGAAGUGUGUUAUGGAAAAUCUGCAGACAGCAAUUGUAUUGAGGUGCUCCAACAUCUAUUUAUGGGACUCUUAGGCACUGGGAGCUGACGCACCAAAUGUUGAGAAAGUCCAAAAUGAUGUAAUUUUUCCAAUCAGGCUUUUGAAAAGCACAUCAUGAUAUAUUUAAAUGUUGUGAUGCCAAACCACGACAAGAGGUUUUCAAAAAAGCUGUCAGAUGUUACAUUUGGAUUAAUUAAUGCCUGUUUUUGUACAGGCCAAUGAAAUGGAACCAUUUAUAAACUGGGUACAUCCUGUAUCCUGGGUUACUUAAAAUUCUGUCUGAUGUGCACAGAAGAUUGCCAUGCAAGCUCUCCUCAAGGCAUCCUCUCCUGAAAUUUGGGAUACAACAUUCUGCUGUGGCUCCCUCAGCCCCAGGUCUCCCAAAGCUCUCUGCACCAUGGAGUGGAGAUCCCGCGCCUGUGUGCCAUGGCGCUCGGCACAGAAAUGAUUUCAACAUCUGCCACAGCUCCUGCCAGCAGAGGCUCCUCCUCUGGACACAAAGGCUGUUUGUGUAGAGCAUGGUGUGAUGGCAGAGCUAAGCUUUCACAUGUGAUGUGCUCGGUAAAUUGGGAAAUGGCUGAGAUUCAGGAGUUGGCACAUCUUGCUCCCCGCUGGAACCAAGUCCCAGUCAGGUGCCUUGUUUCUCCCUUGCAUCCCAGUAUCAUCAUUGCCAUCUCACUCCACCUUCUGUUGGGGGCUGAUGGCAUUGUAUUUCAUAUUUCUCUUUAUUAAAAAAAAAUUUUAUGUGUCUGUACCUUGAGGAUAUCCUGAAAUGUAGGAGAGGUCUCGUAAUUCAUAGCAACCAGACCCUUGUCCCAAGCUGAGCCAGCCUGGAGGGCACAGCCCCCUGCCAAUUCUGUCCAUGUAAGGGACAUGGAUCAGUGGCUGUCAGGAGGCACCUGAGAGUUUGCCUGCUGCCAGGUGUGCUGAAAAUGGGAGCUGGGAAGUGUGGGAGACUGUGUGUCCCUACAGUGCUCCCCAGGCAGGAGAGGAGUGACUCUGGGAGGGUGAGGAGAAAACUGUUAAGACUGUUUGUUUGCACUGAACUCCUUUAGAUACCCUAGGCCAGGGCUGAUGGAGAGGCUGGGAGAACAUUUUCCUUUUUCUUAGAGGAGGGAGUUGGAGAGGGCCAUUGAAUCUAGGAGAAAAGUUAUGGAGUGACAAGAGAUUUUCAGCUCUGCUCACAAGGAUGAGGUGACUGCAGGCCUGAGUCAUCCCAUCAGUCACACUGCCAGCAAAAAGUCCUUCUGAAGAAUGGGAAGAAGUGACCUUCUUCCAUGCAAAGCAGCUUGGCUUCCCAGAACCAACAUCCACAGGAGCUGAACCAACAUCACCAGGUAUCAAGUGAAUGAAAUGUCUUGUAACUGUU